GUGUCUGACGUCUUCAAUCCUCAUCAAGAUCAUCACGAAGAUGUCUGUGCCUGGUCCACCUGAUGUCAUACCUGUGCCAAAGCCGCGAGCAAAAUAUUUAUUUGGGAAAUCUUUAGCACAGCAACCCUCCAUCGAGAGAAAUGGUGAUGCUCCUUUGCCUCCUCCUGAUGUUCAGAUCAAUACACAGAUGAAAACUCAAGAAACGGACAUCCAACAUGAGGCUAGUGUGGACGGUUCAUCUCAUCAGUCGACAUCCGCUUCUGUUCCCCCUGAUCUUCUAGAUGUUAAAAGCAGUGAAACGUUAGUGUGGCCGUCUUCGAUCUCCAUCAGCUCCGGUUUAUCAGUGGAAGCACUGAGGUCUGCUGAUUCGGAUGAUUCCCCUGCGGCUUCAGACUCGCCAAAAACACAUCAGCAUCUCUCUAAAGGCCAACACAAUGUACAGAAAGCAAGUAAAACAGAUAAGCUGACGGAUGUUCAGUGGGCCAAUGAAGAGAUCCAUCUCCAAUCAGAGAGCCUUCAGAAAAUGCCUGACAGACCCAAGAAACCACGGGCUGCAACCAUUCGUGUGAGUAGGAAGAAGCAAACAUUAUCAGGGCAGAAAUCAGACCAGACUCGCAGUGAGUUUACCGUGUCUCAGUCCAGCUGGCUUGACGUGUGGAAAGGACGCAAGCACAUGGUACUUUGGGCCACUCUAGACGGGAAUCUGAUGUCAAUGUGGAAAAAACGCACAGACAAAUUCACAGAGUAUGUGUUUCAUGUUGCGAGUGUCACCAACAUAAGCAAGCAGGAACACGGACGCUUCUCCAUCCAUUUACAGAAGAAGCACUUUGAGUUCAUGGCUCACAACGCAGCUGUGCAGGACGGCUGGUUGCACUCUCUUUAUGACAGUCGUGGAAGGGAAGCGAUCGCCGCACCCAAAAAACACGGACCGCUAAGCAUGAAAGACCGACGUAAAAAAGUCUACUCCGCUAUCUGUGGACACUCCCUUUGGAUUUACAGCAGCAAAGAGGACUUCAAUCUAGGUCUCGGCAUGAUGUGUGUGUCUAUGAAUAUCGCGUCUGUGAAGUCCACAGGACGCUACGGCUUCAGUCUCAUUACCCCAUACAGGACCUUUAAUUUUUCUGCAGACUCCAGUAAAGAGGCGAGCGCGUGGCUGGAGAGUCUGAAUGACGUGAUCCGCAACGCUCUGUCCUACAGCGAGGUGGCGCUCCGGCUGUGGUCCAGUCCCUGUAAUAAGGUCUGCGCUGACUGUGGCGCCGCCAACCCAGAGUGGGCAUCGGUGAACCUGCUGGUGGUCAUCUGUGAGGCCUGUGCGGGCGCACAUCGCUCCAUGGGCAGCAGCCGCUCCAAAGUCAGAGGCCUGAAACUAGAUGAUAAGGUUUGGACCGAGCCUUUAAUUCAGCUGUUUGUCCUGCACGGCAAUAAAACUGCCAACAAUGUUUGGGGUCACAACAUCCCUCCGACUGAGCAGAUCAGCCCCCUCGCCUCUCCAGACCAGAGGGCGGAGUUCAUUCUGGCUAAAUACCACAAAGGACUUUACCGUAAAGCUCACCCUCUCGCCGCCAGCCAGAAACUGCUGGACCAGAGGCUGCGGGAGGUGGUGUGUGGACCCGCUGUGGAGGAAACCGUGUCUCUGCUUUGCUCCGGAGCGAAAGUGUCCUGCAGCAGCUCGGAUCCAGAGCUGAAAUCCGCCAUCGCUGUGGCCGAGAGCGCGGGACAGGCCCUGCAGACUGAACUGCUGCGUCACAAUGAGUUUGUGGAGGCUCCUGACUUUGAGCAGACGAGACAUUCAGAGGAGCAGAUGGAGGAGCUGCAUGGGAAGCUGGAUGAGGAGCGUUUCUUGUUCUCUCAGGAGAACCAGUCUGCAGCCUAUGAUGUGCUGGAUUUAACAGAGGUGGUCUCAGUGUUCGACUGCUCUGACGGGGAGACUCAUCAGUUUGAGGUGUCCACGCUGACCGACAGACUGACCUGCUCUGCUGAUGAACGCAACGCUCUGCUCAGUCACAUGACGCACAUCAUGAAGGUUGUUCUUGCAGAUACUGUAAAGCAGGACGAUCUGCUGGGAGUGUUUGCCGUGUCCAAACUCUCGAUUCGGGAAGGCGCUGCUCUUCAGUUUGCUGAGGUCUGGUGUUCGCUUCAGGAAGGAGAGAUGAGCGUACACACACUACAGCUCCGCUCCAGAGAAACGCUGAUCCUGAACGCCCAGACACGCUGCUAUCUGCAGAGCUCAGAGAACUGCAUCCUACUGGAGUUUCCUGACAGGACGUUUCACAUGCAGUUUGAGCUGGAGCACAGCUGCCGCAGGUGGCAUGAGCUGCUACAGAAAGCCAUGAGCUCCAGCACAGACGGGCAGCAGAGGGCAGGAUCUGUGCCCACUUCUGUCCACCGCUGCAUCUCCCACAUCACACUGCACGGGUUGAUGGUGGAGGGAUUGUACCGGCGGUGUGGCAUCGCUCCUCAGAUCAGUAAACUGGUGGACACCCUGCGUGUUUCUCCAAAAGAAGCUGUUCUGCAAACCGACGAGCUCUCCGUGCUGGACGUUUCCGGAGCGCUGAAGCAGAUCCUCCGACAGAGCGAGCUCAUCCCACAAACACACAGACCACACUGGCAAAACGCAGCAGCUCUGCCAGGGGAAAAGGUCCGUCUGCAAACGUAUAGAGAACUGCUGAAACAGCUUCCUCCAGACAACAUCGCUACACUGAGUGCUCUCUGUGCACACCUCAACAACGUGCAGAAGCACAGUCAAACCAACCGCAUGACGGCUCAUAAUCUGGCCGUGAUCUUCGUGGUCAUAUUCUUCCAGGAGCUGGCCAUGAACAUAAACAUGGUGCAGAUGACCCGGGAGCUGAUCCUGAACCACACACACAUCUUCAGGAGUCCUGUGGAGACAGACGGAGCCAUCGUCACUGUAUUCUGAAGAGUUCUCCUGAUGAAGCGUGACCGAUCAAGACUGUGAUCCUUCAGCUCUCCUUAUUUAUUCCAGCACCUCACACGUGACUUUAUUAAUGCAUUAAUCACCUCAAACCUGAAUGUUACAGUGAGUCUGUCACUAACACAGUUAAAGGGGUAGUUCUCCCUUGUUACCUAUAUAUAUUAAAGAUAUUUUGAAGAAUGUUGGAAGCCCGUUGACUUCCAUGGCAUUUGUUUUUCCUGCUGUGGAAGUCAGUGGGUAGAAAUAUCUUCCAUUCUGUUCCCACAGCAGAAGGAAGCUCAUAGAAAGGGAGCGAGUAAAUAGUGAGUGCAUGUUCAUUUUUGGGUGAACCGUCCCUUUAAGAAAUGCUGAAGAGAGGCUAGCGGACAGACUAAAUGAAGACCAUUAGCAUCAGUGAUAUUUUGGAGCAGGUCACUGAUUGUAAAUCUAAUAGUUGCAUGUCCUGCUUUGUGAAAAAUUUUAAUUGUCAUCAUUUGCUCAUAUUUGACGUUGACCAGACUUGUGUUGUUUUGUACACAAAAGAAUGUUGAAAACCGGUAACCAUUGACCUCCAUUGUAGAAAAAAAAAACAAAUACAAUGGAAGUUAAU